GUGUGUUUGUGUCGCCCAGCAUUGUUUGUGUGUGGGUUGAACGGCAGCCUUUCGAACUGGAAGCCUUUUCAGAUGUAGUUCGGGGCCCACUUGCUGCACUUGUUUGACUCGCCGCUCAGGCUCAGAUGGAGAACGUAAUCACCGAAGGAGCAGGCGAGCUUGAUGGCACACCUGAUUGCACUCCACCGAUGGCGGUAUUAAGCCCAAGCUCAUUUGCUACCAUCGUCCAAGACGUUCAACGCACCUUUGGAAAUACAUGGGAGGCAACAUAUAAGUCUUGUGCUGUCGACGCUGGUCGAAUUGAGAUUGACGAAUAUCGAAUCGAUACUAUCAACAUGGAGGAAAUGGAGGAAACGUUGCAGGACACAACAACAAUGCAUAAAACUCUCCCUAUGAAUCAACUGAUGUUGAAUGACAAUGUGCAACAACCAGAGGAGCACCCAGAGCCACCAAGUUAUGCUGUACCAUCAGCAGCAUCAAGCUGUGGACCGAUACCAGCAACGAGUGUGUUCGAGGGCUACUGUGGAUUUGAUGUGACUUGCUCUUCGCAAACUAAGGCUACUAAAAGCGUCAGUUGGACGUAUAAUGAGAAUCGCCGGAAGCUCUUUGCAAACAUGGGUGUGGUCUGCCCAUUCCGCAUCUCUGUCACCAGACCGCCACCUGAAGGCACAGUGGUGCGAGUGAUGGCAGUCUAUGCGCAGCCAGAUGAUGCCAUGCACGUGGUCAAGCGCUGCCUUGUUCACAAAUCUGAAACUGACAAAGACAACCACGGCCAAAAUGCACCAUGUGACCAUCUUAUCAGGUGUGUGAACCCAACAACGCAGUACCAUGAAGAUAAGUCAACUGGCCGUCACAGCAUCACUGUCCUGUAUGAGAAACCUGAAGCUGAACAGCAGUACACGGUCUACCAUCUGCGCUUCAUGUGCCUCAGUUCAUGCCAUACAGGCAUAAACCGGCGUGGUGUCAAGCUUGUAUGGACCCUUGAGAACAAUGGUAGCAUUAUUGGCAGGCAGGUCAUCGAUCUCAAGUUGUGUGCCUGUCCAGGCAGAGAUCGCAAGAAUGAGGAGAAGAUGUCUAACCGAGAAAUGAACAGUAGCUUGCUGGAAGGGGUAAUUGGAGGUUCUGUCGCCCAUCCAGUGGCCAACAACCCUUCCCGCCUUUCUGGCAACACCACAUUCAGCCAGACACGACCCCAGAAGAGAGGGUUGAUGUCUGUGGCCACUGUCAUUACUGGAGACAUCACCGGGGCCCCUGCAAAGAUCAGGAAGACAGAGCAGGAACCUGAUCGUGAAUACACACUAAAGUGCUCCAACAGAAAGAUCUACGACAUGCUCAAAUUUAUCCGUGACUCAAGUAUGCUCUACUCCAAAAUGAACCCAAAUGCCUGGAA